UCAAUUCGGAGCGCUUGGAUGUGUUUCUUUCGCAAUUUGAUCGGUAUUUUCCCAAGAUUUUUCACCCAUUUUCCGUGUCGGCGUACUUGAGUGUGUCCCGUGAAGCGAUUUCAGCACAGUUAACCAGUCCCAGUCCCGUAAAUCCUCCGGAAAAAGUCGACGAAAAAAAAGUGAGGCAGGAAAAAAUCAAAAAGAGAUUCUCCGUGUGUGGAAUCAAAUCACAAAAAAUUACUCGAGAGCUAUCACAAAAAAAAAAAAAUAAAAUAAGAGAAGAGUUGAAAGAGUGUGUGUAAUAAUAUUUUUUCCUACUUAUUCGCAUAUUUACAUGUAUAUAUGUUAAAUAUCGCCACCGUGUGCAUCACACAUCGUCACAUAUAUCGCCACACACAAGCAGAGCAAAGUGUAUAGAUAAUAAAAAAAAAUAAAAUAAAAGUUUUGUGAGCGUGUCGUCGUCGUCGUAGAAAGAUCAAGAAAUUUUUUGUUGUAUUCCUUUAUAAUUUCAACUCACACACACCGAUUAUUAUUAACAAGUACAAGUGAAAUUCCCUAUUUUUUCGUGUAAAAUCACUAAAAUUACUUGCAACCAUCGCAGACGAAGGGGAAACCGACAAAAAAAAAUAAAUAAACAACGUAGUGAUAAAAAUUAAUAAAAUAAACAACAACAACAACAAUGGAAGCGAUUGCUAAACACGACUUUAAUGCAACGGCAGAAGAUGAGCUGAGCUUCAGGAAAAGUCAGGUUUUAAAGAUACUAAAUAUGGAAGACGACAUGAACUGGUACAGAGCAGAAUUAGAUGGAAGAGAGGGACUUAUUCCAAGUAAUUACAUAGAAAUGAAGAAUCACGAUUGGUACUACGGUCGCAUUACGAGAGCAGAUGCCGAAAAAUUACUAUCAAAUAAGCAUGAUGGUGCAUUCUUAAUCCGUAUCAGCGAAUCAAGUCCCGGAGAUUUUUCACUAUCAGUCAAAUGUGCGGAUGGCGUUCAGCAUUUUAAGGUUCUCCGUGAUGCACAGGGCAAAUUCUUUUUAUGGGUCGUUAAAUUUAAUUCCUUAAAUGAAUUAGUAGAAUAUCAUCGGGCUGCCAGUGUUUCGCGAUCGCAAGACGUUAAGCUGCGUGAUAUGAAGCCAGAAGAGAUGUUGGUACAAGCUUUAUACGAUUUCCAAGCACAAGAAUCUGGCGAACUAGAUUUUCGACGAGGUGACGUGAUUACCGUGACAGACAGAUCCGACGAGCAUUGGUGGAGCGGAGAAAUCGGCAACAGAAAAGGACUUUUCCCAGCCAUUUACGUCACGAAAUAUCAUUCGGAAUAAAAUUUAAAGUAAAAAAAACUCCUAUAAUGCGUAACAACAACUUGCAACAGAGACGUAAAUAUUUAAGAAUUAGUAUUCACACACACAAAAUAUAAAUAAUGAUAAUGAAAAAAAAAAAAUGAUCAAAGGAAAUCA